ACACUCUCAUUUUGUCAAGUGUUAAAACAUUCAGAGUUUCUGUCAUGUUUGAAUCUGAUUUUGUCUGUAUGGGAUGAAAUUAAACACUUUCCACCUCCGCCGUGUCAAAAACAAGAUGGAUCAAAACAUUGCUGAUAUUCUGAACAAUGCAUUCAAAGAAACCGAGACAAACUUUGAGCAUCUAAACUUUGAUGAUGACACAGCAACCGCACACAGCAUUACUGUACUUCAAAAUAAGCCAGACAUGGAGGAGGACUCUGAUUCUGACUUAGAUUUAGAGUGGACAAAUAGGGAAGAGGAAACUAAGCACUGUUUUGAGAACAAUAGGGACUUCUCUUUAGAUGAACAAAGCUCGAAGGCAGGAUCUACGCUUUGUGGUUCACGGGAUGACAACGAUGCAGUUGAAAAUAAGACACAAACCCAAAACCAGCAAUUAAGCUUGCAUGAAGAAGACUGCAGAGAGACUGAAUUUGAGAUACAUGAAGAUAUCCAUCAAAUGAGCAAGGAACAAUCUGAAGAUGUCAAUGUGCUGGAAAUGGUUCUCCCAAAGGGAACUCAAUUUGGUCUGGAUACAAUGAGCACAUGGACUCAGGAGGAGACCACAUCUCAUCUCCUGGCCUCCCAGAUGGUGGAUAAAACUGAAAAUGAGUGCUCAACAUUAAAAGAGGAAAGAAUGGAGCCUGACAGCACUGAGGGAUAUGUCCUUCAGCAUGCACCAGAUGAUAAGCAGCUCAAUCAUUUAAGUGCCUUACAGUCAACAUUGCAAGACAACAUUGCAUCAGUGGAGGUUGAGUCUAUGGAUGAGAUAAAAGAGUUUACAGAAGAAGAUCAUGAGGACCAUGAGAGACACGAGGAAGGUUUAGCAGAGUAUCCCUCUGAUCUGUCUCAAACUGACAGUGGGGACAGCAGUGAAGGACAACCCGAUCAAAUGGACACCAAGCAAGCUGAGGUGCAGGCUGUAGGCCCAGAAGAACAUCUCCAGCCUUACAGUGUUGUAACUUCAAGGAAAGAUGAUGAUGUCCAAAAGAAAGCUGAAUGUAUGGAUCUUGCAGACAUGCCUACUCAUGUCAAGAAUGAGGAUCUGUAUGUGGAGACAACAACUGGGAAAUCCGAUGAUGACAUCUUGUUCCAAUCAGAUGUUGAAUAUCAUCGUGAGAUUUCAAACACUGGGGAAAGUUCUGAUUAUGGAAUCUCUGAGAAUUUCAAAUUCAAUUCCAAUGAAUCCUACAUGAAUGAGCAGCCGGACUAUGACAGUGAUUUCAGCAGUGAUGGGGACGACUACUGCAAAAACCAAGAAGAUACACCUGAUUUCAUUUCACAUACUGACACAGAGGACAAAAACACACACAACUUUACAAAGGACUUUGCUACAGACUGGCACAGUAUCGAGCACGAAGUUGUGGAUGGGGUGGGCAAAGAUAGCUUGAAACCAGAGAUGUGUGAUGUAGAAGGUUUAUCAAGCAUUCCAGCAUCUCGUGGAACUGUAGUGGAAGAUUCUUCUGAGACUGAUUCAUCUGAAAACAUAAGUGUUGGUGAGUCACAUCCAUCAGUGGAAACAGACCAGAACAACAAAGAACAUAACAGUGAACAUUCAGAACUUUCAGAAACUGGAGAUAUAAAUAUCAACACUUUGUUACCUGGGAUGUUUUGGUCCCAGGACAUUCUGAAGCUCGAUGAAUAUGACUGGGACAUCAAUGGAGGAGAGGUGAUCUGUGAUGAAGAGGACAAUUACCUGGAAGAGCUGGAGAAUGAUGAGGAAGACACCGAGAGGGACUGGGAGAAAGAAAAGGCAAGAAUUGAAGCAUUUAACAGAUACUACGAGUCUGUCGAAGAUGAGGAAACCAAGGCGAGGAGCCACAAAGUGACAUUUUGUUUGGAGACAGAAUCCUCUCAGUAUGAAGAGGAUAGUUACAGCAGUGAAGAGGAACCGAGCACAGUAAGUUGCAUCAGUGAGUUGCAUCCUCCAGAGUCCAGUUCAAUCAAACGAGACCAAAGCAACAAGGAAGACAGCCGUGAACCCUCACACAUCAUAGAAAAUAUCAGCGCCCUUCUGAUGGAUGAGGACAACAUGAAACUUGAGGAUUAUGACUGUGAUAUUAAUGAAGAAGUUCAAAUGAACUCAGGUACAAUGAUCAGUGAUGAUGAUCACGAUUUCCUGGAGAAGCUGAAAAGUGAAAUAGAGAGGGAAAUGAAGCAGGAACAAGCAAGAACUGAUGCAUCUAACAGAUAUUAUGAAGAGGAACAAAAUGAGGUCACAGACAGGACCCACAAAGUUAUGUUAAGAUUUCGCCAACAAUCUUCUCAAAAUGAGGACGAUAAUGAUAGCAGUGACCAGGAAUCAAACACUGAAGAUGACACUGUCAGCAUCUUGAGGACUGAGGACCACAGUGAUUCUGAUGAACCAACUGAGAGACGCUUGUACACAGGAAGGUACAAAGUCUUAUCAAAGGGGUUACAAAAGGCAGACAAGCAGCUGAAGGAACAACCCAAGAGAAAUAAGUGUCUUGUCCUGCUGCGUUCAGUGUUAGCAGUGAGUCUAGUGACGGCGGUGGGUGUGCUGUCUUACUGGUGGGCCUCAGAAAACCUGGACUGGAUCUACUGAAUUCAAAACACACACACA